AUGGAACAAGUUGCGUGUGCUUCAACCCGCUUGCUUUGGCGAAAUAGACUGCUUCGUUCGAGCUGCUUCGGAAGACGAACGCAACCUAAAGGGCGUGCACAGACACACCAGGGAUCUACUAGGGCUCCCCGCGGGCGAUGCUUUGCGACGGGCGGUUAUGAGCGCACUCAGCGGACAUUAAUUGGUUGCAUCAAGGAGUCCCUUGAGUCAGCAGUUCGUGAUAAAUUUUCGGACUAUCUGGAGACAGUCGACAUCACUGAGUGCGCGAACCCCUCUCUUGGCGACUAUCAGUGCAGCAGUGCUAUGCAAAUAUUUUCGGCUCUCAGAAAAGCAGGAGAAACGGACUUUUGUAACCCGCGGGAAGUUGCUGCUGUCAUCGUGGAUGGUAUAUCCGAUACAACUACGUUUGACUCAAUAACUAUAGCUGGAGCGGGAUUCAUAAACUUCAAGUUAUCUGAUCACUUCAUUCUUACACGUUUGCGAGAGUUAGGGAAAACCGUCAAGCCGACGUCUUCAGGUGAGUCGGGUUCUGUCCUGGUAGACUUCUCUUCUCCGAAUAUUGCGAAAGAGAUGCACGUAGGUCAUCUUCGUAGUACGAUCAUCGGUGACGCCCUUUGCAACGUGUUCGAGUUCUGCGGCUUGAAGACAAUUCGAUUGAAUCACGUGGGAGACUGGGGCACGCAGUUCGGGAUGCUCAUCCAGUUCAUGACAGAUAACAAGGUAUCACCAGAUUCUGCUGUAAGUGACCUUCAAGAAUGUUACAAGCGAGCGAAGGAACGGUUUGAUCAAGAUGACGACUUCAAGUCUCAGUCAAAGCAGGCAGUUAUCAAACUACAGUCUUACGAUGCCGAUGCCUUGCGCACCUGGAAGCAGAUAUGUGACGCAAGCCGGGCCGAAUUCCAGACCAUUUAUGAUCGACUCAAUAUCAGUAUAAUAGAAAGGGGUGAGAGCUAUUACAAUGAUAUGAUUCCAGCAGUGCUCGAUGAACUUGUCGCAAAGAACGUUGUAGUUGAAGAUGCUGGAGCUUUAUGUAUCUUCGAUGAUGAUCACGCAGAAGCUCCUGUGAUCUGUCGAAAAAGUGAUGGUGGAUUUAAUUAUGCCUCUACUGACUUGGCGGCGAUAAGACAUAGAGCGCUAGAAGAAAAGGUCGAUAGAAUCAUUUACGUGACAGACCAAGGCCAGCAAAAGCACUUCAGAGCUAUUUUUAAAACAGCACAUGCAGCUGGCUGGGGGCACGGGGGCGUAGUCUUCGAGCAUGUUGGAUUUGGAGUUGUUCUGGGCGAAGAUGGUAAACGACUCCGCACUAGAUCUGGUGAGACAGUUAAGCUGAAAUCUUUGCUAGAUGAAGCGGAGGAAAGGUGUUUACAAUUCUUGAAGGAAAAAGGAACAGACCUUUCGGCGGAGGAGCUGAGCACGGCUUCAAGAAUACUAGGAGUGAGCUCAGUGAAGUAUGCUGAUCUCCAUAAUAACAGGCUUACGGCAUACACAUUCUCUUUUGAUCGGAUGCUGGACUUGAAGGGCAAUACGGCGAUGUACUUGCAGUACUCUCACGCGCGAGUCGCCACAAUUUUACGCAAAGCGCCGACUCUUGAUCUGCCGCUCGACGGUUUGCACUUUGAGAAUGCAGCAGAGCGUCUACUUGCAGUUCAUCUUAUCAAACUCGACGAUGUGCUAGCGGCGACAAUGAAAGAGCUUGCUCCUUCGAAGAUAUGCGAUUAUUUAUACACUUUGUGUACAAUGUUCAAUAAUUUCUAUGCAGAGUGCAAAGUCAUAGGUGGAGAAAAUGAGGCGAGUAGACUCUUUCUUUGUAUGAGGACUGCUGCGACGAUGAAGAUUGCUUUCUCUUUGCUGGGGAUGGAACCUUUGGAAAGACUGUAG